AUGGGCGGCGGCGGGCUCGGCCCGCUCCCGCCGCCGCCGGGGAUGCACCAGGGCGGGUACGGCGGGUACGGAGGCGCGCGCGGCGGAGGUGGAGGGAUGGGCAUGGGACCUGGGGGGCCGGGGCCGGGGCCGGGGCCGGGGCCGGGGCCGGGGCCGGAUCCGCGGUACCAGCGCGGUCCCCCGGGGCCGCCGAUGGGCGGCGGCAUGGGGAUGGGUCCCGGGCCGGGGCCGGGGUACGGCGGCGGGUACGGCGGCGGGCCGGGGCCGGGGCCGGGGUACGGCGGCGGCGGGGGACCGGGACCGGGGUACGGCGGCGGCGGGUCGCGCGGCGGCGGCGGCGGCGCCCCCAUCCCCGGCGCCGCGUACGAAGAGAUCAUGUGCCCCACGGAAGCCGCCGGGAAGAUCAUCGGCCACGGCGGCGACACGAUCAACUCCAUCCAGGCCAAGUCCGGCGCGCACGUCAAGAUUCAGCCCUCGCACGAGGUCGUCCCCGGGCAGCCGCGACGCAUCACAAUCUCGGGCGUCCCGGGCGCCGUCGCCGACGCCGCGCAGCUCGUGAACGACAUCAUCCGCGAGACGGAGCUGAAGCACUCGCGCGCGUCGUUACCGGGAGGAGGAGGAGGAGGCCACAGCGGCGGCGGGCGCGAUUCGAACCAGAUCGAGAUGCCCGUGCCGGUCCCCACGGAGAUGAUCGGACGCGUCAUCGGCCGCGGCGGCGAGACGAUUCGCCGGCUGCAGGAAGAAUCCGGCGCGAGGAUGCAAGUCGAGCGCGACCUCGGGAGGGUCAUGAUCAAGGGCGGGGCGGACGAGUGCACGCGCGCGAAAGAGCUCGUCCUCGAUAUCCUCAACGCGCCGCCGCCCACCGCCGGCGGCGGGGGCGGCGGCGGCGGGACGGUCCGGCACGUGAUGCCCGCGGGGGGUUGCGAGGGGAAGAUCAUCGGAAAGGGCGGCGACUCCAUUCGCGAUCUGUGCGCGCGGACGGGCGCGAAGAUCCAGAUCGAUAAGGACGCGGCGUCGGUGACGAUCAGCGGGAGGCAAGAUCAGGUCGACGCCGCGAUCGCGCUCGUGCAGGCGAUCAUCGACGAGGGCCCGACGGUGUACAUGAAGCCCGGGGGCUUGCCGGGGGAGGAUCCGCGGCCGUACGAGCCGGGGUUGGGUCGCGGCGGCGGCGGCGGGACGGGCGGGUACGCCGCCGCGUCCGCCGGCGCGGACGGCGGCGACGGCGCGAAGCCGCUGUGGGAGGCGCACAAGUCGCCGGAGGGGUACACGUAUUACUACAACACCAUCGACGGGUCGACGACGUGGGACAUGCCCGCCGACUACGACGGCAAGAGUUGACGAUCCGAUGGACGAUCGUUGAUGAUCCGAUGGACGAUCGUCGCGAGUCGAAAAGACGACUGGAGCGAGCGGGGGCGAAGGCGGACGAGCGACGGGGUCUCGUCUCGCGCGGGGAUAAAUAGUAUCGUGUGGCGUCGUGCAAAAUAAUCACGUCGCGUUUG